AUGCCUAUUAAUCAACCCUCAAAUCAGAUCAAGUUCACUAAUGUAUCUAUCGUGAAGCUGAAAAAAGGUAAAAAGCGCUUCGAACUAGCAUGCUAUAAGAACAAACUCCUGGAAUACCGCUCCGGCGUCGAGAAAGAUAUCGAUAAUGUCCUCCAAAUCCAUACCGUCUUCCUGUCAGUGCAAAAAGCCCAAACCGCUCCUUCGGCAGAUCUAGUCAAAUCGUUCGGCGCCGGUGUCUCACAAGAUGAGAUCAUUCAAGAAAUUCUACGCAAGGGAGAAGUUCAAGUAGGAGAGCGCGAACGCAAAGAUAUACUUGAGCGAAUCCAGAAGGAAGUUGUGGAUAUUGUCUCUGGACGAUUGGUCGAUCCCACUACGAAAAGAGUAUACACCCCGACGAUGAUCGAGAAGGCUUUGGAUCAGUUGAGUGCCACAAGUGGACAGCAGCAACAACAACACAAUGGUGAGGAGACACCAGAACAUGGUGCGACAGCUGGAGAGCCACGGAAGCCGUUGUGGAAGGGCGUGUCAACAACCAAAUCAGCAAAGAGCCAAGCGCUCGAAGCCAUGAAAGCUCUUAUUGCUUGGCAACAUAUUCCGGUGAUGCGUGCUCGUAUGCGUCUGCGAGUGACUUGCCCCGUAUCGUUGUUGAAACAAUCCGUCAAAGGUUCUGCGUCGGCAGGAGAUGCACCAAAGGAAGACGGCAAACCAUCCAAAGGCGGUAAUAAAAAGGGACAAAAAGGCAAAGGCAAGAAACAUCAAGACUCGGAUGACGAGGACGAAGGCGAAGACCAGGAAGCCGCUCCCAAAGCACCUUCUAAUGUGAAGGAAAAGAUUUUGAGCUUCAUUGAAUCGGUAGAGUCGCAAGAGAUUGUGGGCGAAGAAUGGGAAACUGUGGGCUUUGCUGAGCCUGGAGCUUUCAAAGGGUUGAGUGAGUUUGUGACUAGUGAGACGCGUGGUCGUGGAAGGGUGGAGGUUCUUGAUAUGGCUGUUACUCAUGAAGAUUAA